CACGGCAGUCGCGGACCGAUUCCCGCAUGUGUGUUGCUUCUUUUCCUGGUUUUCGCUUCUUUAUUAUUAUAUUUUUUUCCCGUGGUGGUUGGUGUUUGUGAUCGUAGUGCGGCGGUCGACAGCUUCGUGUGGCGUGGAUUUUCGCAAAGUGUCUUGCGUGUGUUCGCCUGCUUCGCUUUCAAGAUGUGUACUCAGUGAUACGGGUGUAGGAAAUCUGCCUCGCAGUCGCCAACGCACCGAGCGAGGACCGACGGUUCCCAUUUGCUUCCAAGGUGCAGCAGGAGUAUUUGAUUCAACUGCUUUCGACCCCCGAGUUGAAAUGGCAGAUUCGGAUCCGUCGAUCGACACACCUCCAGCUGGCAACGGAGUUGUGAACAGCGGCAUUCCAUCAUCUACAGACGCGUUGGAGGAAACGUGCCCUCGUGCCGACAACAAAAGUGAAGUCAGAACAACGGUUCCUCAAAUACCGAGGGAGAACCUUGUCGCCACUGCCGUGAACUUCCUUGAGAACCCGCGCGUUCAAGGCAGUCCGCUUUCGCAGAAACGAGCCUUCUUGCUCAAAAAAGGUUUGACUGCCGAGGAAAUCGAUGAGGCCAUAGAAAGAGCAAGGAUUGGGAAAACAGAUACUGUAGCCCAGCAUGGACUGGUGCCCUACCCUACAUUGCCACCCCAGCUACCACCGCCUCCCCCGCCUCAUUUGUUACAGCCAGAAUACUCAAUCUGGUCCCACCUGAGCCACGUAUCUUCUUCAAUCGUGAUAAUCGGGGUUGCCUCCUAUGGCGCUUACUACGUGUACAAGAGGUAUAUAGAGCCAUACCUGAGAGGCUGGGAUGGUCCAAGAUCCAAACCGGACCGGCUUUCUCAAGUCCAGGAACAAAUCAGUGCCCUCACGGAAGCCAUCCAGCAACUGAGGGAGGCAGUUGCAUCUCUCGAGUCGGCGGUUGCUGAAGACAGGAGGCUCCGUAAGCCAGCUGAGGCCCUGGACUCUGCGAAACAGGAUCGUACCAUCUCGGAGCUCAAAUCUGAGGUCUCGUCAGUCAAGGCUUUGCUGCUGAGCAGGAAUCAAUUCCUGAGAGCGCCAAAACUGACUCCCUCUGCGCCUAGCAUUCCCACCUGGCAACUCUCCAGCAACAGUGCUGAGAAGGCAGAAGAAAAUGGUACUGUUUUUGAGUCCAGUGAACCGGAAGAGAGCGAGGAGCAAAGUUCAAAAAGUGCAGAGGAACCCAUGGAAUCAAGAAAAGAAGAGUUGCUCCACAAUAGGCCAACAGGCUUGGCUUGAUGAUAAUGUUUUAACACUAUACAAUGGAAGUAUGUGCAUCUGGCUAUGCAUUCCAAUACAGAAAUCGUUUAUUGACGAGUUUCAAUCAAUAUACACCAUACAGGUUGAUUGGACGCUGAGAUGUGCACCGUGUCUUGGCAAUGAAUAAAACUGGCAGCACGUUUUGACA